AUGGGUGAAGAGUUCACUGCAUUACUAUGCAAUGGUACAUGGUCGCUGGUACCUCAUUCUCCCUUUAUGAACCUUAUCAGAUACAAAUGGGUCUUUCAGGUCAAACGACGGGCUGAUGGAUCCCUUGAGUGCUACAAAGCGCUCUCAUUGCCAAAGGCUUUCAUCAACAGCAUGACCUUCAAGAUCCCAUCGGCCUUAGGGGGUGUCUCUAUGCAAGAUCCCACUCUCUAUCGGUCAGUGGUUGGUGCACUACAAUAUGUUACUCUAACUCGCCCUAAUGUUAGCAUUGCGUUGAACAAAGCAUGUCAGUUCAUGCACGCCCCUAUGGAGGAUAAUUGGCAAUUGGUCAAGUGCAUUCUUCGUUAUUUGAAGCACACAUCUACUUCUGAUCUUCUAAUUGAGCGGAUAUCUGAUUCCAGGCUCCAGGCUUUUACUGAUGCUGAUUGGGCUGGGAAAACUGAUGAUCACCGUUCCAUAGCUAGUUAUACCAUAUUCCUUGGUCCAAAUCUUAUUUCCUAG